AUGACGGCUCUCUCUCAGUCUCGUCUUCCUACCACCCACUCGGCCAUCAAGGUCGAGUCUCAAGGGCAAGUCACAGUCGCAGAGUCCGAGCCUCUUCCAACGUUAGGUCCAUUGGAUGUUCUUGUUCAUAAUGUCUGUGUUGGGCUCAACCCCUACGACAGCAAGUCGGUAGACAUGUCGCCUAGCCAAGGAGCUACCAUCGGAGGUGACUUUGCCGGCGAGAUCGUGGCCCUUGGCGCCGAUGUGCCCUCUGGUCGCUUCACAAUCGGACAGCGCGUUUUUGGCUGCGUCUUUGGUAACAAUCCCGAUCGCCGUGACAAUGGUGCCUUUUCCGAGUAUGUGGCUGCUCCCGCCGAUUUCGUUGUCAGAAUACCAGAUGGUAUGUCGUUUCAACAAGCCGCAACUCUUGGUAUUGGUUUGGCCACAACUGGAAUGGCACUGUUCAAGAAUUUAGAACUGCCCAUGCCUAAUGCCCAAAACGCCGGUCAAGCCAAAUCUGCAAACAAAAAACCAGUUACGGUUUUGGUAUAUGGCGGCGGUACAGCUACGGCGGCUCUGGCCAUUCAGGUGCUACGACGAUCUGGAUUUAAACCCGUCACUACUUGCUCACCACAUAACUUUGACCAUGUCAAGGAAUUGGGUGCCGAAGAAGCUUUUAACUACAAGUCGCCCACCUGUGGCUCCGAGAUCAAGGAGUAUACCAAGGACAAAUUGGGGUUUGUCUUGGAUUGUAUUACUACAUCCGACUCCAUGAAGGCUUGCUAUGAAGCCAUCGGUUCCAAGGGUGGUCGAUAUGUGUCGCUGGAUCCUUUCCCCUUGCACGGUCACACACGCCGCAGUGUUCAACCCGAUUGGCUGUUCCUCUUCACGCAGUUUGGCGAGGCAGUCAAUUGGCAGCGCCCAUACAACUUUGAUGUGAGACCCAGAGACAAGGGUGUCGCUACCCGGUGGUACCGCGUUGCAGAACAAAUGCUGCUCAAGGGCGACAUCACGCCUCACCAUCACCAGGAACAAGAAGGAGGACUCGCCGCGGUAAUUGAUGGCAUGGAUGCCGUGCGCAAGGGUGAAGUUUCUGGAUACAAACUUGUAUACCCCAUCCGCAAUGCAGCUUGA